UUAUAGAAGAUGGUGAGGUUUCAUGGAGAGCUUGAUCCCAUGAGUCCGGGGAGCGACAUGGAGACGACUCUUGAAGAAGAAGGAGAAAUGGAGGAGAUAAGCUACCGUGAUCUGAAGAAGCGGAUGUGGAAGGACCGGCUUCGCAUGCAGAAGUUCAAGGGCGACCGGGAGGCGGCGGCGGCGGCGGCCGGGAAAGAAAUUUUGGGAGACGACGGCGACGAGGAAUCGGCGUCGGAGAAACAGGUGGAAGCGUCGCGGCGGAAGAAGAUGGCGAGGUCUCAAGACGCGGUUCUCAAGUACAUGGUGAAGAUCAUGGAGGUGUGCAAAGGGCAAGGGUUCGUGUACGGGAUCGUGCCGGAGAAGGGGAAGCCGGUGACGGGGUCGUCGGAAAGUCUGAGAGAGUGGUGGAAGGAGAAAGUGAAGUUCGAGAAGAACGCCCCGGCGGCCAUAGCCGAAUACCUCCCAAAACUAGUCGGAUUAGUAGAAGACACAAACUUUUCCGGCGACCCAAAUUCCAGCUUCAUCUACCUUCUCCAAGAUCUCCAGGACACCACUCUGGGCUCCCUCAUGUCCGCCCUAAUGCAACACUGUCUCCCUCCCCAGCGGAAGUUCCCGUUAGAGAAAGGGCUAGCGCCGCCGUGGUGGCCCACCGGAACAGAGCUCUGGUGGGGCGAUCAAGGCAUGGCUCAAGAACACGGCCCCCCACCCUACAAAAAGCCCCAUGACCUUAAAAAAGCCUGGAAAAUCAGCGUUUUAGCCGGAAUCUUGAAACACAUGUCCCCAGAUUUAGACAGGAUGAAACGCCUCGUCAAACAAUCCAAAUCUCUGCAAAACAAAAUGUCCGCAAAGGAUACUACGACGUGGUCGAAAAUCGUUACCCGAGAAGAAGACCUCAUCAAACUCGCCCAGAAAGCCCUCCGGCUUGAUCCAGGACCAGAACUAGAAGAAGAAGAAGAAGAAGAAGAAGAAGCUUCUUCUCUGACGCACGACAAGAGAAAGUGCACAUUCGAACGAGAAAUCGCGACAGAGAUUAUCCCACUGUACGCGUGUCAGAAUCUUCAGUGCCCGCAGAGCGAUCCAGGAUUCGGAUUCCCCGACAAGUCUUCGCGAACUGAGCACCAACAAAUCUGUCCCCAUCGCGACGACCACAACCUUGAUUUCGGCAAAAACUAUGUCGUUCCUAGCUUGAUCACAGAAGGAGAAGGAGGCAUAGAUACAGGCCAAUUCCCAGACUGGAUCAACGAGGAUAUUCAGAGAAUCUUCCAUGAAUACAACGGCCAGUUCGUCAAUGGCGGCGCUGGGAACUUCUUGACCGACAAUAUGACAGAACAACAGUUUAGGUAUGAUCCGCCCAUGCCAAGUGAUGAAGCUUCCACUUCUGGUUCAACUUCUGUCUGGGAUUUAGCAUACGAUGAUAUCGAUCGAGACUAAAAAUUUUAAUUUCAUUACUAGGAA